GGUAAAAUGUGAGGGGUGAUUUCGGACCAUGAUCGCCGGUCUGUUCGUAUUAAUCGACCGAUCGCUUCCGCCGUCCUCUCGCCUGCGCUCGCUAGUGGCUUAGGGUCGAUGGCGAUCAAGGAGACGAUGGUGGGAGCGGUGUUGGCGUGCCGGCUCCACCUGGCUGUCGCCGCCGCCCUGGCUGCGGCGGCAUUCUCCCUCGCAAGCGCCGGACCCAGCUUCGCUGCCGUCGCCGGCUUCUUCUGGCCCCUCCUCGUCUCCACCGGAGCUUUGCUCGUCAUCGUCGCCGUCCUACUCCGGAUCUCGCCGCUCCCGGGGGAGGCAUCCGGGGAGGGAGGCCUCGCCGACUUCGUCGCCGGCUGUCCAGAGGUCUCUCAGCUUGCUGCUGCGGGCGGGAGCUUCCACCAAUAUGGCGAUCGGGAGCCACGGGAGGCAGCAGAGGCGGAGGAGGAGGACGAGGAGGCGGAGGCGGCGGCGGAGCGACCUGAGCCGUCGCAGUGAGUGAGUCGGAGCUGAUGGGGCAACCUUGCAGAUGCUCCGCAGGAACGGAUUAGUAUAAGUGGGUCCGCCUAUCUGUAGAGAUAUUGUUGGACUGUCUGCGCUUUGUCAGAGGGGGCGACCCCUCACCUGCGUCGCCGUCGAGGAAUGUGUGAUCUCGGAAUAAAAUGUAAACGUUAAGUGCUAACGGAGUUAAGUAGGAAUAAUAGGGCUUACAUUUGAUGUGUCAA